AGUUGAGCGAGUGAGAGAGUUUUCGCGGUAAAACUUGCAACGACGACCAUCGCAAACCCUCGUUCAUCGAUCGAUGGUUCAAUUCCAGGAGCACAUAAUCACAGAGCUUCUAGAAGACUCCAAUGGCGGUCUCGUCAUCCUCUCUUCCGGCCUCUCUCUCUCGAAACUCAUCUCCUCUCUCCUCCUUCUCCACUCCUCUUCUCAAGGCACACUCCUCCUUCUCUCUCCUUCUUCCACCACUCUCAAAUCCAAAAUCAACUUCCACCUCAAAACCCUAAACCCCCAAUUCUACCAAAUCCCCUCCGAAAUCACCGCCGAUCUCCCCGCCCACCACCGCCACUCCCUCUACACCUCCGGCAACGCCUUCUUCAUCACCGCUAGGAUCCUCAUCGUCGACCUCUUAACCAACAGACUCCCUACCUCCAAAAUCGCCGGGAUCGUCCUCCUCAACGCGCAUUCCAUCUCCGAGACUUCCACUGAAGCGUUCAUUGUUAGAAUCUUCCGGUCACUCAAUCGCGAUGCGUACGUCCGUGCUUUCUCUGAUAAGCCUCACGCGAUGGUAUCAGGUUUCGCGAAGGCGGAGAGGACCAUGAAGUGUUUGUUCCUGCGGAGGCUGCAUCUCUGGCCGAGGUUUCAGGUGUAUGUGUCGCAGGAAUUGGAGAGGGACCCGCCGGAUGUGGUGGAUAUAAGGGUGCCGAUGACUAGGUAUAUGGUGGGGAUUCAGAAGGCUAUUAUCGAGGUCAUGGACGCGUGCUUGAAGGAGAUGAGGAAGACCAAUAAGGUUGACAUUGAGGAUUUGACGGUGGAGAAUGGCUUGUUCAAGUCAUUUGAUGAGAUUGUGAGGAGGCAGUUGGAUCCAAUUUGGCAUACUUUGGGGAAAAAGACUAAGCAGCUUGUUUCGGACCUUAAGACCUUGAGGAAAUUGUUGGAUUAUCUAGUCAGGUAUGAUGCAGUAACUUACUUGAAAUAUUUGGAUACACUGAGAGUGUCGGAGAGUUUUCGAUCUGUUUGGAUAUUUGCAGAGGCGAGCUAUAAGAUAUUUGACUAUGCAAAGAAACGUGUUUUCCACCUUGUGAGGUCAGACGGUACGAAAUUAAAUGGGCAGAGUAAGGGUGGAAAAAACAAGAAGAAAAAAGUUAAAGGGGAUAACAAAGACACUGAAGAAGUUGACGGUACUUCAUCAGCUAGUUCAAAUGCUGGCUUAGUUUUGGAGGAAGUAUUGGAAGAAGCGCCGAAAUGGAAGGUCUUACGUGAGGUUCUGGAGGAGGUAGAAGAAGAAAGACAAAAGCAAGGUACAUUGAGAGAAGAAGUAUUGGCUGAAGGUGAAGACACCGACAAUGGCAUUGUAUUAGUGGCAUGCAAAGAUGAAAUGUCGUGCUUGCAGCUUGAAGAAUGCAUCACCAACAGUCCCAAAAAGGUCAUGCGUGAAGAAUGGGCGAAGUACUUGCUAAACAAAGUACAGCUGCGUGACAUAGUGCAUAAGAAAAAGAAGCCAAAGGAUCCUAAAGGUUUUGGUAUUCUUGAUGGAGUUACUCCGAUUGCACCUGCUCAGAAAAUGGAAACCAGCACCAUUAAUAAGCAGGAGCAUGAUGCACUUCUGGCUGCGGCAUCAGAACUAAAAAAGCGUGUCGAAAAUGUUCAUGUUGUUGAAGAUACUCUUCAGCCUGAUUUUAGUGGACAGGUUCGCUCAAAAGGAAAAAGAAAAUUGGGGAAUAGAAAUAGCCCAAUCAUUGUUGAUGGCUUGGGAGCUCAGACUGAUAAUAAAGACGCAUCAACAAGUGAGAAAACUGGGAUGUCUGUGGACAACAUGGUUCUUCGAAGGCAUACUAAUCCUGAUUCGGCAUCAGGAAGUGGGAAGCCACUACCACCAGUACAUUUUUAUGCCCUAGAAAGUGACCAGCCUGUUUUGGACAUAUUAAAGCCCUCUAUAAUCAUUGUUUACCAUCCAGACAUGGCCUUUGUUCGGGAAAUUGAAGUUUACAAAGCUGAGAAUCCCUCAAAAAGGUUGAAGGUAUAUUUUAUUUUCUAUGAAGAUUCCACUGAGGUUCAGAAGUUUGAGGCAAGUAUACGUAGAGAGAAUGGAGCAUUUGAAUCUUUGAUCAGGCAAAAAUCUAUGAUGAUGAUUCCAGUUGACCAGGGUGGGCAUUGUUUAGGACUGAAUUCUACUUUAGAGGCAGAUUUAAAUACUCCUCAGAACUCAAUAACCAGAAAAGCGGGUGGGAGAAAGGAGGUUGAUAAAGACAUGCAGGUCAUUGUGGACAUGCGGGAGUUCAUGAGCAGCCUUCCAAAUGUUCUUCAUCAAAAGGGAAUGCGCAUAAUUCCAGUGACCCUAGAAGUUGGUGACUACAUCCUAUCACCAUUAAUUUGUGUGGAAAGAAAAAGUAUUCAAGAUCUGUUUAUGAGCUUCACAUCAGGUCGUCUAUACCACCAGGUGGAGACAAUGGUGCGAUAUUAUAGAAUACCUGUGCUCUUGAUUGAGUUUUCACAGGAUAAAAGCUUUUCGUUCCAGUCUGCUAGUGAUAUUGGUGACGAUGUGACACCCAAUAGCAUUAUAUCGAAGUUGUCAUUGCUUGCUCUACACUUUCCCCGGCUACGAAUAAUCUGGUCUAGAAGUUUGCAUGCCACUGCUGAAAUAUUUGCUUCACUGAAGGCAAAUCAAGAUGAACCAGAUGAGACAAAGGCAAUGAGAGUGGGUGUCCCCUCAGAAGAAGGAAUUGUGGAAGAUGAUGUGAGGGCUGAAAAUUACAACACGUCGGCUGUGGAGUUUCUAAGACGACUUCCAGGUGUGACAGAUUCGAACUACAGGGCCAUAAUGGACGGGUGUACGAGCUUGGCAGAACUUGCACUUCUUCCUCUAGAGAAGCUGGCUGAAUUAAUGGGUGGUCAUAAAGCUGCUCGGACUCUUAGAGAAUUUCUCGAUGCUAAAUAUCCAACUUUGUUGUGAGGCUCAAUAGGACAAUUCAUUUGUACAAAUGGUACCAACAAUUUAUUUAAGGUGACUAUUAAUUUCGAUUACGCAUCAUUGGGGUUAUAAGGGAGGGAUUGGUAGAAAACGGGUGAUUGAGUUAUUAAAAUAUUUGUAUUGCUUCAUUCUGUUGCAAUUUUGCUGUAUGUUGUAUUGCUGACUUUAAAAAUGUGUAUUUUCAUCAUUUCUCAUUUGUUCAUUUGUAACUUCAA